AUGACUGUGCGACGAACGAGCGCCAACCAGCAACUGGCGGACGCUUUGGCGGACUCGUGGUCAAUCAAGGCGGAAGCGGCGGAAGAAACCGCGGGCGCGGGCACAGGCAGCGGAAGCGCGGCUGCGGCCGCGGCAUUGAGCACCCAGCGCGCGGAGGCGGAGCUGGCCAGCGCGGAGGCGUGGGCGGAAGGAUCUGGUGCGUUGCGCGGGGGUGUUGCUCCCGCUGAAAGCCCCAGCGGUGGAGAGAAGCGCGCGGUGUCGCAAGAGUUUGCGGCAUUGGCGGCGCCAGCAGCGGCCGAUCCAACUGAUCUCCUUAACGUUCAUUGUGCAUCCGUGUCGCCCCACGUGUCAGGAGGACUCGUUGAUUACCAGCAGCAUCCCUCUGGACUCGCCUUAUUGACGGACCAAUUGGAGCCAGGAGAAAGAAGUGAGGUUAAUCCUGACCGUCGACUCGCGGAUCUGGAAGCGUAUCCUUUGGGUGACGUGGAAGUGGCCGCGACUUGCGGGCCGAAGGACACGUUGCAGAGCGGGAGCAAACGGCGAGCCGCGCUAAUGGAUCUAACGAAUGUGACUGUCCGUGAUGGUGAUCGUAACGGUGGUGGGCGCGUGGGCGGUGCGGGAGAUCGUAUCGGAGGAGAGAAGGCGGGACGGAGGGAGACGGUAAAUCGAGAAGGGGGGAAAACGAGCGGGAAUAGCAUCGCCCCCCCCUCGCCCCCCGCAUUCCGCGGGACAGCACCGGAGCCAGCGGCUCUGGAUGCUGCACUUGCUUGCGCACACCCGACAUUGGAAGCAGGCGCAGCAGAGGCAGCAGCAGGAGGAGCAGCAGUGCAGAGAGCAGCAUCACCAUCAUUACCACCACCACCAUCAGCAGCAACAGGCGGGUCGUCCCCCCGCCAUGUCUAUGUGUUUGGACAAAGCAUCGCCACUCUUCCCUCCUCUCGCCCCUCUCGCCCCGCCCCUGCUCCCUCCCACUUCCCCGCAACCAACCCUUCCACGCUCCCCCCUCCCCCCUCGUCGCCGUGCCCGCCUGCACCUCCGUCUGCGUCUACCGCCGUGCCUCCUGCUCCCCCCACUGCUGCUGCUGCUGCUGCUGGAGCAAGAACAGCAGCAGCAGCAGCAGCAGCAGCAGCAGCAGCAGCAGCAGCAGCAGCAGCAGCAGCAGCAGCAGCUGAAGCAGCGGGAGCAGCGGGCGUGGGCCUGUGGCAGUGGCGGGAGCAGUGCUUCCUGCUGGCCGCAGAGGAGGACGCGGAGGAGGACGCGGAGGAGGACGCGGAGGAGGACGCGGAGGAGGACGCGGAGGAGGACGCGGAGGAGGACGCGGAGGAGGACGCGGAGGAGGACGCGGAGGAGGACGCGGAGGAGGACGCGGAGGAGGACGCGGAGGAGGACGCGGAGGAGGACGCGGAGGAGGACGCGGAGGAGGACGCGGAGGAGGACGCGGAGGAGGACGCGGAGGAGGACGCGGAGGAGGACGCGGAGGAGGACGCGGAGGAGGACGCGGAGGAGGACGCGGAGGAGGACGCGGAGGAGGACGCGGAGGAGGAGCAUUCUCACAGCUCUCUCACUCUACACCCUGCCACGCGGGUUGGGAUGGGUCUGGGACACGGGGAAAGUCAGUGUGUCGGUGGUAGGGGCGCAGAUGGGAAUGGGGAGGGGGGUGAGUGCAGGGAUGGGGGCGGAAGGGGGUUGGGAGCGGUUGAAAGGAGGGAUGGUGCAGGUGAUGUUGGUGCUGGGGUGGAAUUGUGGCGAGAGGAGGGGGGAUGUGCGAAGGAGAGUGAGUGUGCGAGGGAUAAUGAGGGUGGGAGAGAGAGUGAGGGCGGGAGAGAGAGUGAGGGUGGGAGAGAUAUUGAGCAUGGGAGAGAGAGUGAGGGAGGGAAAGAGAUUGAGCAUGGGAGAGAGAGUGAGGGAGGGAGAGAAAGUGAGUGCGGGGGAAGGAGCAAGCCUGUGAGAGAGAGCGAGUGUGGAGAAGAGAGAGAAUUAGAAGGAGGUAGUGAACGUCGGGAGGAGGGGGAGUGUGCGAAGCUCGAAUCAUCCCGCGAGAAAGAGCAUUUGGUGCUGCUGCAGAGACCAUCCGUGAUCCCCGAGAAAGGCGCGUGUGUGUGGAGCAGCGGUGCAAGAGAAGGAGAGCAGCCAUCAUCCCCUCCUCAUGCUCUCCCUCCUUGCCCUGCUGCAGCACAGCACGCGGCAGAAGGCCAGGCCCUGCAGGAGCGAGUGGCGGAAGAGCGAGGGGAAGACGGGAAGUUUGGGAACGGACACAAGGGGAUGGAGGAGGAGGGCCAGGCGGAGGAAGGCAAGUGUGGUGGGGCGCGUGAGGAGCGUGAGGAGCGUGAGGAGCAGCGGUUGCAGUCGCUGGAGUGCAGAACAGCUCACUGCUCCCUGCGUGCACGUGAUACUGCCGCCCCUGUUCCGGUGCUACCUGCCUCUGCCUCCCUUCCACCGUACCCCCUUUCGCCCUCCCCCAUGGAAGAGCAUCAGUGCCACGUGCCACCAGCACUACCAGCAACGGGAGCACCACCACCACCGCUACCACGGCCGCCGCCACCAUCGUCGACGCACAUCAUAGACAUUGACAGUAACGACAGCGACCCGCAGUUCUGCACUCCCUAUGCUGCUGACAUCCACGCCUACCUCCGCAUUGCCGAGCGGCGGCACCGACCCACAAUGGCGCUGGAGGAGGGGAGGGGGGGCGACAUAAGCGCGGCGAUGCGGGGCAUUCUGAUGGACUGGCUGGUGGAGGUGGCGGAGGAGUACAAGCUCGUGCCCGACACGCUCUUCCUCACCGCCGCCUACAUCGACCGCUUCCUCUCCCACGCCACCGUCACCCGCAACCACCUGCAGCUCCUCGGCAUCGCCUCCAUGCUCAUCGCCUCCAAGUACGAGGAGAUAUACGCGCCGCAGGUGGACGAGUUCUGCUACAUCACGGACAACACGUACCGCCGCCACGAGGUGAUCGACAUGGAGUGGCGCGUCCUGCUACAACUCAACUUCGUCCUCGCCACGCCCACCACCAAGAGCUUUCUCAGACCACUCGCUCCGUCUCAGCCUCGUUCCUCGCCGCUUCUCCUUUCACCAUGCAGCUUCGUUCUCCCUCACUCCUUUCACUUCCACCCCUUCCACCCCCCAUUUUCCCGUGUUCCUCCUCUUCAACCCCAUUUGCCCUCCUCUUCCGUCUCCCUGCCACUCCACCCAUCCGUGCAGGCCCCAUCACUGCAGCUGGAGUUUCUGGGAAACUUCUUGGCGGAGCUGACACUGCUGGACUGCACGUGUGUGGCCUUCCUCCCCUCGCAAGUGGCCGCGGCAGCUGUCUUCCUCGCCAAGCUCACUCUCUUCCCCUCGCUACCACCCUGGGUAUCGCUCCUCACGCCCUACGGCCUCACUCCUCCUCACUCCCUCUCACUCCUCCUCACUCCCUCUCACUCCUCCUCACUCCCUCUCACUCCUCCUCACUCCCUCUCACUCCUCCUCACUCCCUCUCACUCCUCUUCACUUCUCACUCCUCCUCACUCCCACUCACUCAUCCUCACUCCGCACUCCCUCUCACUCCUCACUCCACUCCUGACCCUGCAUACACACUUGCCCCUCCUUCCACACGCCUAG